AUGGGCUGGCUACAUGCCUCACUAUGCGCACUGCUACUCGUCUGCAUGCUGAACGCUACUUUUGCCGCCAUCACCGACCUUGUGGACACAACGGUGGUCCUGGGCAGAGACGCAACUCUGUUUUGUAGUAACAGUGAACACACAUCAGGCUUUGCCCAGUGGAUUGACAUCACUGUUAGUGGCAGUCCAGUACCAUUUGCUACCCAGGCUGAUGGAGUUCAAAGAGUUCCUCCUGAAACAUACGGAAAGUAUGCCAACUUUGAUUUGGAUUCAGGAUCUGUUACACAGUUGGACCUCAAGAUAUCAAGUGCUGAGCUUGAAGAUGAAGGGACGUAUUCAUGCACCUUAAAUCCAGACACCGAAACAGCCACACUGACUAUAGAAAUUGAAGGUGCAGAGCCAACAAUUACAAUUGACGGUGAUUCAUCAGGAAAUCCCAUCAUUCUGAGAGCAUCUGAGCCAAGCGUGCUGAGAUGCACAGCCAGGGGCUUCAGACCUGCAGUCACUUUGGAGUGGUACAAGAACAGUGUCCAGAUAACAACAGGCGUCAGUCCAGAGGCACCUACUCCUAACGGAGACGCAUUUGACACAUCGGGCACGCUGACAUUUACGCCAACUAGUACUGUGGAAGACUUGCAGAAGCCAUUAGAAGCCUCCUAA